UAUUCGCUUUCACCACGUUUUCAACAAUUCAUUCUGACUCAAUCUUAAUGAAACGAUAUGAAAGCAAAGGAAAAGUCAGUUUUAUUUAAACAAAAUUUUAAUAUUCCCUGAUGAAAAAUUAUGUUAAUUGUCACAUUAUUAUUCUAUUUAUGUGUAACAGUAAACGAUUGGAUUAAUUUCGAAGAAAUACAAUAAGAAUAAGUUGGUUGGAAAAAUUUUUUAAACAAAAUGAAUUUUUAUUUAUAUUUAUUUUGUUGUUUUUUGUGUUAUUUGUGUGUUAAUGUUCAUGCUGUUGAGAAAAUAAGUGAGAAAAAUGAAAGUGUAUUUAUUCCGACGCGAGAAUGGCAAAUUGUAGAAAAAGGACAACCGAUUCCAAAAGGACUUCACAUACGACAUAAUUUUGAGACUGGAAAAACGGAGGCAAAAUUAAUGGACCCGGAUGAUAAUUCAAAGGAAUCCACAGAAAAAACGAAUAAUCGAGCAAAAUCGUUAAUUAUUCAUGCAGAUCAGUUGCAGAAGGAAGAGAACGAAAAAUUGACGAAAGAAUCGGCUAAACCAUUUUCGGAAAUUCCACUUGAAGAAUUAAAAUUGAAACUGAAGAAUAUUAAGUCGGAUGAAAUGAAACCUUUACAGGAUAAAAUAGAAAACAUCGAGAAGAAGUUCAAGAGUUACCAAGAAUUGAAAAAAGAGUUCGAGGCUCUGAAUAUGAAUAUUUCGACAGAAACAGAUUUAAUGAAAGAUUAUUUUAAUCGUUUUUUAGCGAAUAAAGAUAUUCUUCUUCUAAAGACUCUCGAUAAGAAGAAGAUUAAGAAAAUCGUUGAUAUUUUGGAUGAUUUAGAGUACUUAAUUCACCAAAUUGAUAAUGCUCAAGUCUUCAUUGACAUGGGAGGCCUCACGAAAAUUAUAAGUCCCUGUCUGAAUUCAACAAGUGACGAAAUAAAAUCCGAAGCACUGAGACUUUUGGGAGCAACUGCGCAAUCAAAUCCAAAGGUGCAGGCAAAAGUAUUGGAAACUGAUUUUAUACAAAAGCUUUUACAUCUACUAUUGACGACUGACAGUAACGAAGUAAAAUCCAAAUGUCUCUUUGCUCUGAGUUCGAUAAUUCGUCAAUUUCCAAUAGCGCAGAAAGUAUUUUUCGAUCAUGGUGGACUCGAAGUAUUUGCAAAGUUACUUGACGGCAAUCAACUUCAACCGCAAAUUAGAGUAAUGAAUCUAGUCAAUGAUUUGCUCAUCGAGAGAAGGAAUAUUAUCGAAUUUACCGACGAGGAAGUACGUCGACAGAGAUUGAAAGCAUAUACAAGCACAAAUUUUGAGAAGAAACUUUUAAUGCAUAAUUAUUGUUUCGAACUGCUCAAGUUUGCCACUAAAGUCUUUCGUAAUAUAAUUACCGUUGACUUUAUCGAUCAAGCCGAUGAACUCGUUCAGACGGUUGUUGAAAGUCUGAUAACACUGAAUCCUGUGUGUGAAAUUGAAUUUAUGAAAGAGAGGAAAACAGUACUUUCUUUGAUAAAUAGAGUAUUGGAUAUGUACAAAAAACGAAGCUUAAUGCUCGAGGGGAAAGAUGAAACGGAUAGUGAACUUAUUUUAAUUUUGGAAAAACUAAACCUUCUCUUGCAAUAUUCCCACGAUGAAUUAUGAUAUAAGGAUUGCUUAACGAAAAUGGCUUGAAUAUCUUUUACCAGUACAAAGCUUGUGAUUCGCAAUUUGCUGUGGCGAGCAUUUUUCAACUUCAAGAGAAAAAUAAAAAAAAGAAAAUAAAAUAGAAAGAGGGGAAGACAGAAAACAAAAAAAGAAAGAAGGACAGAAAAAAAGAAGGAAAGAAAGAAAAAAAGAAAAGUAAUUUGUAAAAAUUUAUUUAUAUGUAUAUUUAUGUAAACAGCAUAGUUUUAUUAGCUAUUUUAUAUAUUACUGUUGAAUAAACUGACUGAUUAAAGCUAA